AUGGAGCAAAUAGAAAAACGUAUAUUACUUCAGAAAGAUACUUAUGAAAAGAUAAAAAAGGCUUAUAGCAACUACAAAAAGUCGCCUAAGGAAAGGAUAACUAUUGGAUAUGUACAAGGAAGAAUGGAUACUUUAGAUACAUAUUGGAAGGAGUUUAAGACAGUUCACGAGGAGAUACUCUUAUCGAUUUCAAUAGAAGAUAGACAAUUACUUCCGUACUUCGCCGAUGAUAUGUUCGACCAGUUUGAGGAGUUAGUUUAUACAUAUAAAGGAGAGUUAAAGACGGCGUUAUUGAAGCUUAGUUCUGAAAUCGCACCUGUAAACACGUCCAACCAAAUCACUGUGAGUAACACAAGUACAUCCAAUAGUGAAGUCCGUUUGCCUAGAAUUUCCAUACCGACUUUUAAUGGGAAUUAUACAGAGUGGCAAUCAUUUCACGAUCUUUUUGUGGCAUUAAUUCAUAACAACUCGUCAUUGGAAAACGUACAGAAAUUACACUACCUGAAAAGUAGUCUGACGGGCGAUGCUGAAGUAUUAUUACGGCAGUUCUCAAUCACCGGAGAGAAUUAUACUGAGGCGUGGGCUAUUCUGAAAAAGAGAUAUAAUAACAAGAGAUAUAUCGCGAAUACCGUUUUUAAGAAGUUUUUUGGACAACGAGCGUUGUCUCAAGAAUCGGCUUCUGCGAUUAAGCAGCUGUUAGAUACUACUGUUGAAUGUAUGAACGCGCUGAAGAAUUUGGGUUUGCCUACCGAUCAGUGGGGUGCAAUCGUCACGUUUGUCGUCAUAUCUAAGUUAGAUGUCAACAGUCAUAAACAGUGGGAAGAGACAAUUAGUGAAGAUAGUUCUGAUGAUCUGCCUGGAUUUGAAAGAUUGAAGCAAUUCUUGGAAACGCGGUUUCGCACACUAGAGAUGGUAGAACCUGCAAGUAGAAGUUACAAACAACCACCGAGUAUUAAACCGAAGUCAUUUCAUACAACGGCAAGCAACGAUGAUCUGCAAUGCACCUUCUGCAAAGAAAAGCACUACAUACAUAAUUGUAAGCAGUUUAGUAAGCUACCCAUUGAAGAGAGAUAUAGCCACGUUCAAGGCAACAACUUGUGCUAUAAUUGUCUUAUACCGAAUCACACCGUGUUUAAAUGCAAACAACGCACGACAUGUCAAAUCUGCAAGAGGAAACACCACUCCUUAUUACAUAGAGAGAAGGAGCAAAUAAGUGAAGAUAAACAGGUUACAACUGCAACGAAAGAGGAUCCGCCUGCACACACAAACGAAGAAAAGUUUGUCACCAAGGUCACAGCGCAUGUGGCAAGCGGAGAACAUCCUGGUGAGAAUAUAUGGUUAGCCACAGCACUGGUAGACGUCACAUCGAGUUCAGGUCAGUCACACGUCUUCCGUGCUCUCAUAGAUCCAGGUUCAGAGGUGUCACUAGUAACAUCAAGAGUCGUCGAUUUAUUAGGUUUAAAGAAAAACGAGAUCAGCGGCGUCAUGUUUGGUGUUGGUGAAGGUAAUCGCACAUCUCUUAAGCACUUAGUAGAUUUACAGAUUACGUCUAGAUAUGAUACAAAUUUCUCAUUUAAUGUAAACAAUGCAUAUGUAUUGAGGUCUAUAACGCGUUGGUUGCCUGAAAGGGAAAUUAGAGGCUAUAAUUGGCCACAGCUUAAGGAUAUACAACUGGCUGACCCCACCUUCAACGUACCAGGUAGGAUAGAUAUUUUACUUAGUACGAAAAUCUAUGCAAAGAUAAUAGAUAGUGGUUUGAUUAGGGGGCCAGGUGACGUAAUCGCGCAGCACACCCGUCUCGGGUGGAUCUUGUCAGGUGAUAUUGAGGUAAAUUCAAAUAGGUCUCAUAAUGUCAGGAGCUUUCACAUCACAAGACAGGUCGAGGAAGAUAACAAUCUACUAAGAAAAUUCUGGGAAUUGGAAACAGAACUUUACACAACCAAGAAAGCUUGGUCCAAGGAGGAAGAAAGUUGUGAAGAAGUCUACAAAAAUACAACGGUAAGAGAUGAAACAGGAAGAUAUGAAGUACAUCUGCCUCUGAAACAAACUAAAGAAGAAACAAUAAAGCUUUGCGGUGAAACAAAGCAGCAAGCAAUCACUAGGUUCCAACAACUAGAAAGGAAGUUCCAGAGAAAUGACAAAUUGAAAGAAGAAUAUACAAAGGUCAUCAAUGAAUAUUUGAAUUUAGGACAUAUGAAGAGGGCAGAGAAGGACGAUGAAAAGGAAGCUAUUUACCUACCCCACCACCCUGUAAUUCGCGAGGACAAGGACACUACAAAGGUGCGGAUAGUAUACGAUGCGUCUUCAAAGGGCUCCAACGGUCGAUCCUUAAAUGACAGCAUGCUCGUAGGGCCUACCUUGCAGCCUGACCUACGCAGCCUCAUCAUUCGCUGGAGAUGUCACAAAAUCUGUGUGGUAGGCGAUAUAGUCAAGAUGUAUCGCCAAGUAAAAAUGACAAACAACCAUACCGAUUUACAGCGGAUAGUGUGGAGAGAUGAAGCUACUGGCAACUUGGAAAGUUAUCAGCUGUUAACCGUCACUUUUGGAACCGCUGCAGCACCUUGGUUAGCAGUACGAACCCUACUUCAACUCGCUGACGAUGAAUCUGAAAGGUAUCCACGAGGUGCAGCAGUGGUUAAGGACUCCUUCUACAUGGAUGACUUGAUGACUGGCCAUGAAGACUUAUCUGAAAUGAAAGUAAUAUGUAACGAAGUUAAUAUGUUAUUAAAGGCAGGUGGUUUUCACAUGCAGAAAUGGUCAAGCAACUCUGAGGAGUUGUUAAAGUUCUUACAAGAGGUCAGUGACAGUAAAGAAACAGUGAACACUCUGGAAAUAAAGCUAGAUAAAGUAAUCAAGAUACUUGGACUUACCUGGGACAGGAACGACGACACCUUUAAAAUAACGGUGAACUUACCGGAACUCAGGAAUCCUGUAACAAAAAGGAUAGUUUUAUCAGAUGUGGCCAGUCUCUUCGAUCCCUUAGGAUGGCUGGCUCCAGUCGUCAUAACAGCGAAGGUCAUGAUACAGAAAUUAUGGCUUUGCAACCAUGGGUGGGAUGAAGAACUGCCCGCUGAAUUGGUCAAUGAAUGGGUUACUUACCGAGAUGAGCUGAACGAACUGCAAAUGAUGGGAAUCCCACGGUGGAUGAGAAUCACAGCAGACUGCAAGGAUAUUCAACUGCAUGGGUUUGCUGAUGCUUCAUCUGUGGCCUACGCCGCAGUAGCUUAUGUGAGAGUAGUAGAUCAGAAUGACGAAGUCCAUGUCACAAUGAUAGCAGCCAAAACUAAAGUGGCGCCACUGAAGCAAUUGAGUACCCCUAAAUUAGAACUGUGCGGCGCAGUCCUACUUGCGAAAUUAUUGCAUGAGCUCUCUAACUUACUAAAGAUUCCGAUGGCGAAGAUAUUUGCUUGGACAGACUCCAUGGUAGUUCUAGCCUGGUUACAGUCACAGCCAGGUCGAUGGCAAGUUUUUGUGGGCAACAGAGUCUCAGAAAUCAUACAAAUAAUCGACAAUAACAGAUGGCGACACGUUCAGUCAAGAGACAACCCUGCUGAUCUUGCCUCUAGGGGAAUCAGAGCAAGAGAGAUAAUAGAUAAUGAACUAUGGUGGACUGGACCAGAGUGGCUGAAAGACAAAAACACCGAGUUCACUAGAGUUGACAUUCUACCAACAAGUUUAGAAAUGAAGAAGACGUUCCACAUUAACCUAGGUGACACUCCUAUCUGGGAAAGGUUUUCAUCCUUGACAAAGUUAAAGAGAGUACUAGCUCACUGCAGAAGAUUUAUAAACUGGAAAAACAAAACAAGUCGAGAAGAUUAUUUGUCAGCGGCUGAACUGGAAGAAAUAGAAAGAAGAUGUAUAAAAUACUACCAAUAUUUGAUAUAUGAAGAUGAAAUUAAGGAUCUGAAAAGGAAUGGUAAAAUUAAGGCAAAGAGUUCUUUAAUCACGCUGACCCCAUACUUAGAUGAACACGGUAUAUUGAGGGUCGGUGGCCGCCUCAACAACUCUUCUAUAACAGAAGAAGCAAAACAUCCUAUCAUCAUUCCCAGUAAGCAACAUAUCACCAAACUGUUGAUAAAAGAGGCACACGUCAGAACUUUCCACGGAGAUAUACUGGCUAUGAUGACAUACAUUCGAAGCAAAUAUUGGAUUAUUAGUCUAAAGGCAGCUGUCAGACAGAUUACGCACGGUUGCAGGACAUGUAUUGUGGAAAAGGCUAAAACCCAACAGCAACUGAUGGGUCAGUUGCCCGCUCCGAGGGUCACGCCUCACCGUGCGUUCCUUAACAGUGGAGUAGACUACGCAGGACCCGUGCAGCUGAGGACGUCAAAGGGUCGGGGUCACACGUCGACGAAGGGCUAUAUUUGUCUUUUCAUCUGCAUGUCCACCCGAGCAAUACACUUGGAGGCUGUAACGGAUCUCACAGCGCAAGCCUUCAUUGCAGCUUUCCGUAGAUUUGUUGCCAGAAGAGGCCGCUGCUUACAUCUUUGGAGCGACAAUGGGACUAAUUUUGUAAAAGCCGACAAAGAGCUAAGAGACAUGUUCGCAAAGAGCAACUCAAGUGUAGCUAAGGAAAUAGCGGAAUUAUUAGCCAAUGAUGGCACAACCUGGCAUUUUAUUCCCCCAAAGGCUCCCAACUUUGGUGGACUUUGGGAAGCUGGAGUACGCUCAGUGAAAAGACAUCUAAAUCGUGUUAAUGGCACCACAAAGUUGACAUACGAAGAGAUAGCGACUCAGCUGGCUCAAAUUGAGGCUUGUUGUAAUUCAAGGCCUUUGUCACAUUUAGAUGAAACGUUAGAUACCUUAAAUCCACUUACACCUGCCCAUUUUCUGAUCGGAGAACCGAUAACUAGCGUUCCAGAUACAAAUUACGAAAAUAGAAAUGUUAACAUGCUGACCAGAUGGCAGCUUAUACAAAAACAGACACAAGAUUUUUGGCGAAGAUGGAAAGCGGAAUAUUUAAACACCUUACAACAACGUUACAAGUGGCAGGACACAGUUAAUCCGCCUACUGUUGGAGAUAUCGUGGUAAUCAAAGAAGAUGAUAUGCCGCCGGCAAAGUGGCUAUUAGGAAAAAUAAUGGCCUUACAUCCAGGACCUGAUCAGCUGGUGCGAGUCGUUACGGUGCAGUGUAAAGGAAACAACCUUCUAAAAAGGCCUCUGUCAAAAUUGGUACUCUUGCCAAAACACCCCGAUAAUUAA